CGGUAAUGCACCAAAAGUUGGCUAAUAAACGCUACAAGAAGACUUGCAUCCUUUUAGAAGCUAUGUCAACUUCAAGGUUAACUAACAAGUUUUAUUGUCAUCUGCUUAGCUUGAGCUCCACAUGGAAAUGUCACCAACAAGCCUCCAGACUGUCAACGAUGAGAAGUGAAUUUGAAUCGAUAUGUGGUGACCGAUUUAGGAGGAUUUCUUCAGCACAGACAGUUACGAGGACCAGUGUAUGUGGAGGACAUUCACAGGGGUUUGAUUGGAUUCUGAAGAAAAGGGAACUCCAUUUAAGCACACCUCUUGGAGAAAAAAAGGCAUUUCAGUUCAGAGCACUAACAGAUGCAGAAUAUGAGAGACUAGCAGAAGAGACACUGGACGCGUUGGCAGAGUAUUUUGAAGACCUCACAGAUGAGAGCUUUACUGGAAUGGAGUAUGACGUUGUCUUCUCUAAUGGAGUGCUGACAGUGAAAGUGGGCUCUGAUCACGGUACAUAUGUUAUCAACAAACAGACACCCAACCGACAGAUUUGGCUCUCCUCUCCGACAAGUGGGCCAAAACGCUACGAUUGGACGGGGGAGCGAUGGGUGUACACUCACGAUGGCAUGACAUUGCAUAAUCUGCUCUCCAAAGAGUUGUCCGUCAUCUUCAGAUCAAAUAUAGACCUGUCACAUCUCCUCCAUUCAUGAUUAGACCAAUGUGAAGAACAGACACUGUUAUAAAUCCUUUCCACACCAGUCCUCUUGUGACUCUCGUGAUCUUUUUGGUUAAACAAUAAGGGUAAGAAUUUAAAACUCUAGCUAAUGUUCAAAAAGACCUUCUGGACUUGAAUAUUUUAAUGGUCUUUGCCUCUUUUAGCAUGACAUUUUUUUCAAAAAACACCAAAUCCCAAACAAGUAUAGACCCCGGAUAAACCGAAGAGAUGAUUUAUUUGUCUAAAUCAAACCUGUAUGCAAUUAUAAGCUUUAAAUGCACUCAGAACAGCAGAAAUGGCUCUCAUAAUCAAAUCCCUGUAAACCUGUACCUGGUUAGAUUAAACCCAGAUUAAAGAGAUCACAUUUAAUGGCUCUUAAACCAGUUGAAUAAGACAAAUGGAUACAGAUUGUUUUUUUGGAGGCUGUAUUUAUCUGCACGUCUGGCCCUGCUUGAACUAGAGGCUGCUGGCUAGAUGCGGGAAAAGAAGGGGAUUAUGACAGACAGAUGAAGAAGUUUUUGCUUUAAAAGCCCCCAGUUAGAGCCUUUAUUCAAGAGUUAUCUGUGAAUAACAGCAUCACAUCUGAUCAUAUUCCUCAGAGCUUUACCGGCACCCUCAGAUAAUUUCAAAAAUACCAGCCCAAGUUAACAUCAAUCCGCCCGACAGGUAAAGCUGUGUCAUUAACUCUGGUGAUACAACAUAGUUGAUCAUUACUCCCCAGACGCCUCUUAGCGUAAUAGCCCAUAUAUUGCAACAUUAACUUGACACGCUGUCCAUGCAAAUGUUGAAAUAUGAGAUGGAUUGCACUGAUAUGUUUGAUGUCUUCAUUGGGGUUGCAUGAUGAAACAAUGGCACAUCUGCCACCGUUCUGAUGUCUGAUGUAU